AGGGAAUAGGGGGCCAAGAUGAAGGAGACAGCGUUUGUGGUUUGUUUGUUAGCCGAGCUAGCUCUGACUGCCUUUGUUUUGGCCUCUAAGGAGGAUGCUCAUUGCCCUGAUUUGUGUCGAUGUGAGACACGACCCUGGUUCUCGCCCAGCUCUACGUACACAGAGGCUCCCACAGUGGACUGUAAUGACUUGGGCCUGGCAACGCUCCCAGGAAAACUACCAUCCGAUACACAGGUACUGUUGUUACAGACCAACAACAUCAUCAAUGUGGAAGAGCCCUUGGAUUACCUGGCCAACAUCACGGAGAUCGACUUGUCCCAGAACAACAUUUUGUCCCUGAGCAGCGUCCGUCUGGGGCUUCUUCCCCAGCUGCUGUCGCUGCACAUGGAGGAGAACUGCGUCCAGACCCUGUCGGACAGCUGCAUCCCUUCCCUGCCCAACCUCCAGGAGUUCUACAUCAACCACAACCGGAUCUCCUCCAUCAGUCCCAGGGCCUUUCAGGGGUUAGGGAGACUUCUACGCCUGCAUCUGAACUCCAACCGACUGACGGCAAUCAACAUGGAGUGGUUCCAGCCUCUUCGCACCCUGGAGAUCCUCAUGAUAGGAGAGAACCCUGUUCUACAGCUAUCUGACAUGAACUUUAAGCCUCUGGUCAACCUCCGUAGCUUGGUUCUCGCCAGGAUGAAUCUGUCAGAGAUCCCGGACAACACUCUGGUGGGCCUUGACAACUUGGAGAGCAUCUCCUUCUUUGACAACUUGUUUGAAAAGGUUCCACGGGCCGCCCUCAAACGGGCAGAAAACCUGAAGUUUCUGGAUCUAAACAAGAACCCGAUCGAGCGGAUUCAGAAGGGGGACUUUGCGAACAUGAUCCACCUCAAGGAGCUGGGCGUCAACAGCAUGCCGGAGCUGGUGUGCAUCGACGGUUUCGCCCUGAGCAACUUACCCGAACUAACCAAGAUCGAGGCCACCAACAACCCCAAGCUGUCCUACAUCCACCCGGACGCCUUCUACAAGUUGCCCCGACUGGAGACGCUUAUGCUGAACAGCAAUGCCCUUAGCGCUUUGCACCACAGGGCCGUGGAGUCCCUGCCCAACCUGCGGGAGGUGAGCAUGCACAGCAACCCCAUCCGCUGCGACUGCGUCGUCCGCUGGAUCAACAUGAACAGGACCGGAGUCCGUUUCAUGGAGCCUGACUCGCUGUUCUGUGCCGAGCCCCCAGAGUACCAGGGCCAGCACGUCCGACAGGUGCACUUCAGGGAGAUGACGGAGAUCUGCCUUCCGCUCAUCUCGUCCGGAAGCCUUCCGGAUCGAAUGGCCAUCAGGAAAGGGGGCCAGGUGACGCUGCACUGCAGGGCGUUUGGAGAACCGGAGCCCGAAAUCUACUGGGUCACGCCGACUGGGCUCAGGGUGCUGCCCAACAGUGUGUCUGAUAAGUACCACAUGCACCCAGAGGGGACCUUUGACAUCUACGAUGCUGGCGCCCAUGAAGCGGGCCUGUACACCUGCGUCGCUCACAAUCUUGUCGGCGCAGACCUGAAAUCCGUCUUGGUGGUGGUGGACGGAUACUUUCCCAAACCUUCAAACCAGUCUUUACGCUUGGACACCAAGUCCGUGCAGCCUCGUUCUGUUUUACUGUCCUGGAAAAACCCUGGUGGUUUCGUUUCUAAUAUAAAGUGGUACAUGACUGCCCACGUUAACCACCCCUCCAUGGCGUUUACCGCCAGGGUUCCUUCUGAUGUGAAAGAGUACCGGCUGGCUCACUUAAGACCUUCCACCCAGUACAGGGUGUGUGUGGAGGUGACAAGCAGACAGCUCGGAGGCUACAGGGACUGUGUCAAUGUCACCACUAAAGGACUGGAAGUCCCUGUUGACAGCAGCGAGAACUGGGACACCAUAGUGAUGAGUGUCUGCACUGUGCUUUUCGUGGUGGUCGCCGUGGCUUGUUCUGUCAUCUACACAUCUCUGCGUAGCCAGUUCUUUUACAGGAAGUUGAUAGAGGAUCAGUCUGAGUCCCUGCUGGGUCCUAAUGAAGGUUCAUCUUCCUCUCUCUCAGGACUGUGUGUUUCUGGUGUCAAGGUUAGGGCAACGGUCGUAGACUUUCCAGACCAUUCCAUGUGAGCAACAACCUUGGUCAUGGAAAUUAACGCACUGGAUUAGGACAUCAUGGAAGAGAGUUGGACACAAGCAUUUGAUUUAUGUGCCCUCUUUUCGAGACAUUUGAAAGGACACCUGAUCGGUGAAUUUGACAGGGUGGGUUCCGGUAGGGUUCAUGCAUAACUAUGUAACCAGCUAAAACCAGACUAAAGACUAUUUUAUAAUACAAAAUGUGUGUCAUUGCAGCAGAUCUUUCACAGACAAGUAUCUAAAUUGAUAUACGUGGCUACUGGUCAUUUAUGCGGUGCGACUGGAAUAAAGCACAGCACAAAGACUAUUUUGUCUCUGUUCUUCGACCGUGGUUUAUAACCCUAACC